CUCUCAGCAAAGAUGCACCCUUUCGAAAAACCUACCAAGACUCGAUAGACUCAGGCGUCCUAGCAGGCGUUACUCUCGCCGCACAAAAUCGUGAUGGUAUAUAAACCAAACAACUUCCCGAUCCCAAUAACUCUACAUGUUACUGACAACAAUCAGGAACCUUCAAAUAUAACAAGUGGUUGGGCGUAAGAUCUUUGAGAGCGGGAAGCGAGGACUUACCAAUGCAGUCCGAUACCAUCCCUUGGAUUGCGUCUUGUACCAAGCUCAUGACUGCGAUCUCCGCUCUUCAAUGUGUAGAGCGUGGGUUGAUCGGAUUAGAUGAAGAUAUCGAGACGGUCCUUCCGGAGGUUGGGAAGUUUGGUGUUUUGACUGGAUUAGAUGAUGCUGGCGAGCCGGUUUUGGUUCCGAAGGAGGGGAAGAUUACGAUUCGGUAUGUACUUGAAAUGCGUGUUUAAAUAUGGGAGGAGUAAAACAUUAAUGUGAGCAGUAAAUUGAUGUGCCACACCUCGGGGUAUACAUACGAUCUCAUGGACCCCAAUCUAACGCAAUGGCGUAAGACUCAGGGAACCGUGGCAAGGUGAGACUAUCGAGGAGAAAUGUACGAUGCCGACUAUUUUUCAGCCAGGGAGUAGUUGGAUAUACGGAGCAGGAGUUGACAUAAGUUGCUUUUUUCACCCACCAAUACUCCCCAAGGACUGAAACUUUGGAAGGAGAAUUUCUGAAAUACUAACUUGCAGUUUACAGUGGGUUGGAAAGCUCAUUGAGCGUGUGAGCGGCGAAACACUAGAGGUGUACAUGGCAAAACACAUCUGGAAUCCGCUUAAUAUCAAAGAUAUCACCUUUUUCCCAAACCGAAACCCGGAUUUGAAGGAUAGAAUGGCUCAUAUAAGUUCUCUUGAUCCAUCAGGUGGGAAGUCCUUCCCGGUACCCGACGAUUUCGAUAUGAACGCUGGAUGUAAAGAGUGCAUGGGUGGUGGUGGAGCCUAUACAAGUGCUAACACUUAUAUGCAACUUCUCGUCGCAGUUCUAAACUCGGAUCCCAAGUUAUUGGCCCCUGAAAGCUGGAAAGAGUUCUUCAAACCACAACUUGAGCAACAGCAGGUGGAAGCGAUGCAAACUGUGAUGAGUAGUCAGGAGCUCGGAAGCUUCUACAGGAUGUAUAUUCCAACGACCGCCAAGAAGAACUGGAGUUUUGGGGGCUUGUUGUUGGAGGAGGGAUGUGAGGGGAUGAGUGGAGGGACGAUGUUGUGGGGUGGUGUACCUUGUGUUACUUGGGUAUGUUGAAGAGCAAAUCUCUUUCCAAUCCAGUCAUCUCCGGUUAUUAUGUUAUGCUGACGACCGUGUUAGUUUGUUGAUCGGGAAGCCGGGGUUUGUGGGUUUGCGGGGACGCAGAUGGUUCCUCCUAUGGCGCCGACGAUUGUAGGGCUACAUGGAAACUUUCAUCAUGAGAUUUUGGGUAUUGCAAAGGAGUAAAGAGAUUCUUGGGGGGCUAUUUUAAUUUAUUUUGAGGUUGAUUUGAGGGAGGGCUGUUCUGGGUGUCAUUGGCCUUAGAAGUCACAUUGUAUCUAUC